GGCUCGCCUCCCCGCCUCUCACCACCACCACCACCUCUCCUACACCUCGCCAUCGAGCAAUCCUUGACUAGUCACUUCCUCCGAUUGAACCGACCCGGAUUUAAUUCUUCCCUUUUCACGGCAAUGGAGAGCGUGGAGGGGAACGGUGGCGGCCGCGGGAACCUGCAGCUGCUGGUGUCGGAGCUGUGCCGCGUCCAGGAGCUGGUGCGGCAGCUCGAGCUGCACCUGCAAUCGCCAGACACCUCCGUCGACAUGUGCCGCGCCCUCUCCGCGCAGAUCGUUGCGCUCACCGACAGGUCCAUCGGCUUCGUCGCCGCGCAUUUUCCCGACGCAGCGCCCACGCCAUCCACCACGUCCAGCCCACUCAGCGACGUCUCCGACCAGCCCUUCAGGACCAACACCAAGAAGAGGAAGGCGACGGCGAGGUGGACGAGCCAGGUCAGGGUGAGCGCGGCGGGCGGCGCGGAGGGGCCUGGCGACGACGGUCACAGCUGGAGGAAGUACGGGCAGAAGGACAUCCUCGGCGCCAAGCACCCGAGAGGGUACUACCGCUGCACCCACCGCAACUCGCAGGGCUGUGCCGCCACCAAGCAGGUGCAGCGCGCCGACGAGGACCACGCGCUCUUCGACGUCGUCUACCACGGCCAGCACACCUGCAUGCCCACGGCCGGUAGGAGGCCGCCGCCGCCAAACCAGCACAACCCGCACGCGCAGAGCCUGCUGCACAGCCUCAGCGCCGGCCUCACGGUGGACACGGACAACGGCGGCCUGCACGGCGUCGUCUCGCCGCUCACGCCCGAGAACCGCCCGGUGGUGGCGCGGGGACAGUCGAUGGCCUCGCCUGUGGCUUCAGACUCCAACGGUGGCCUGGCCAUGUCGCCGUACCCGGUGACCGCGUACACGGACUGGCUCUCCGAUGGCGCCCUGCAGGAGGUGGUGUCAGCGUUCACGGCCGUGUCGGGAUCGGCGCCCGCGCCAACCAUGGACGCCGAGUUCAUGCCGUACUGCCUCUUCGACUACGACCUGACAUUCAACGUCGACGCGCAGCCGAGCCUCUUCCCGUGAGGAAGAACAGAGGAUCAAGCGCAAGUGUGACCGCCCCGCCCCUGCCUGCCCAUGGUACUAUUGACAGGCAGGAGGGAAGAACAUAAAUGUUUCUUCCUAAUCCUAAGAACAGAUCAAUGGAGAUGACUAGGCAAAAGGCCUUAGGAUAUCUGAAUAGCAUAUUUCGUUCCAUUCUUUUUUUUUUCUUCUUUCUUUCUAGACUUUUGUUUGGCUGAAUUUUGUUCAUUUGUUAUGCAAGGAAAUGGAAAAAUAAUAAGAUGUUCA